CACGUAAUAAAGAUAAGCACUGCUAAGCUUUAUCAUAGUAAAUAAUAAUAUCAUUAUCGAAUCGUCCGUUGCCAUAUUCAAACGUUUCAUAAGUGCGGUUAAUUCGUUCGUAAUGGAUUUCAGUUAAAGUCAAAAAAACAAAAAUGUAUUAAAUAUAAUGGUUAUUUGUCUAGGUGUGACAAAAAAUAUAAAUCCACCAUUUAUUGGAAAUGUAAUGAAAGCCUAUGUAAAUCACGCCUUAAUUUAAAAAACGAAGAAAUUGUUAAAGGACCUAGUGAAUAUAACCAUACCAUAUCGAAUUUAGAAAUUUAACGACGUAUUUGUGUAGACAAAAUGAAAAUUCGAGCUCUGUCAUCUUAAGGUAAUCCAUAUCAAAUCGUUUCAGAAGUGUCAACAUUGUGUUCUCAAGCAGUUAACAGAGCUCUCCCUCCAGUAAGUUAUAUCAAACGCACUUUGUGUCGAAUACGACAUAUUAAUAGUUCUGCUCCAUCCAACCUAUUAACAAUAACAGAUAUUAUAAUAUAAAAGAAUUAGUCAAUGACUACGAAAAUAGGGACAUACUUGAAUACCUAAGAGGUGUUGCCUAUAAUUUUUCAUAUCAAAUUUAAAUUUUUAGUUUAAGAAAAAUAUACCGAAAAGAAUAUUUCUAUUGUUUUUAUUGUUAUUGUUAUUAUAUGUAUAUUGCUAUUAUUGUUUUUGCUGUUAAAACAUUUCACGAUUUUAUGUUUCGCGGUUUUCUUUUCGCGAUUUUAACUGGCACCCUAAUUUUCUGUUACCGUUUGAAAAAAAAAAAAUACUGCAGAAUCACAUCGAAUAAUUGUCGAAGCUUAUGGUGAGCAUUAUCUUGAAAAAUCACAGUUCUUUGAGUGAUUCAAUCAAUUCAAAAGAUGGGAUAUUGACGUGAGAAACGAAGAACGCGAUCAAACCAAUAAAGUUUGAAGACAGCAAUUGCAAGAAUUGUUGAACGAAGACGACUCACAAACGCACCAACUCGCAGAUCAAUUAAAUGUGACACGAGAAACCGUUUCCAUACGCUUGAAAGCCAUGGGAAAGAGCCAGAAGGUAGGAAAAUGGGGUCCACAGGAACUAAAUGAAUGACCGCAGGAAAACCAAAAAACCAUUUGUGAAAUGCUGCUCGCCGGGUACAAAAGAAAAUCAUUUCUCCAUCGAAUUGUGUCUGGCGAUGAAAAGUGGAUAUAUUUUAAGAAUCCAAAGCGUAAAAAAUCAUGAGUAACUCCAGGCGAACCAUCGACAUCAGCUGCAAGGCUAAAUCAUUAUAGACGAAAGACAAUGCUCUGUUUGGUGGGAUCAAAAGGGCGUUAUCUAUUAUGAGCUGCAAAAACCUGGUGAAACUGUUAAUACUCAGCACUACUGCCAACAAAUGAUCGAUCUAAAUCAAGCUUUGCGUGAAAAACGACCAGAAUAUCAAAAAAGACAACAUAAAGUGAUUUUGCUUCAUGAUAAUGCACCAUCGCACGCAGCCAAAUUGGUCAAAGAAACGAUGGAUACGUUUAGUUGGGAAAUUCUUUCGCAUGUGGCUUAUUCCCCAGACUUGGCUCCACCUGAUUACUAUUUAUUUGCAUUGUUGGGACACGCAUUUGUUGAGCAGUGCUUUACUUCUUACGAAAAUGUACGAAAAUGGUUCGAUGACUGGGUCGCUUCAAAAGAGCAACAGUUUUUUUGGCAAAGCAUUCCUAAAUUAGCGGACAGGUAGGAAAAAUGUAUAGCUAGCAAUGAGCAAUACUUCGAAUAAAAAAUUUGUUAUCUAUUUUAUACAAUAAACGUGUAUUUUCUGUAAAAAAAUUCCGGUUUCAUAUUUAC